AUGAAAUCGCUAGGUGGUAACAAAGGAGAAGAAUUCAACGAUGUUGGUUAUGAAAGUGUGAAGAAAAUAACUGUGGGAGCUGAAGACGUAAACAUAACUUAUAUCAAGAUCGAAUACGUAAAGAACGGAAAAGUCGAGAUCCGUGAGCAUGGAGCUUACUUUAGUACUAGCGACAACUCAAACAGUGGACGCGAAUCUAAGAGUGAAUUUAGUACUCAAAAACUUGAUGCACAAGGUGGCAAGGGAGGAAAUCAAUGGGAUGAUGGAGGCGAUCACGACAGAGUGACAAAGGUACACGUUGCCGUUGGCCGAGGCAUUGAGCAAAUCAGCUUUGAUUAUCUCAAGAACAGACAAACAAAUGAAGGACCUGACCAUGGUGUCAAGGGGGGAAGAUCUUCCAUUAGAACGCUGCAUGAUUAUCACAAUGCAUUGUGA